AGAAUGCUAGAAGAGAUCAAACAGAAACACAGUGGACUUCAACUCCAGAAUGAAGACGUGUAUAUGGCCACUCAGUUUGCAGACUUUGUUCAAAUGGCUGUCAGAAAAUUCAGAGGAGAAGACAAAGAAGAAGAGUUAGUAAUUGAUUACGUUUCCAAAAAUAUGAACAACAUGACUGUGAAUAUGCCAUACCAGUGUUUCAUAAAUGGGCAAUUCAUAAACUCUGAUGAUGGAAAAACAUAUGACACUAUAAAUCCAGCAGAUGGAUCAAUCAUAGCCAGUGUAUCUUCUGCCUCGCUGGCUGAUGUUGACAAGGCAGUGGCAGCAGCAAAGGAGGCUUUUGAAAAUGGUGAAUGGGGAAGAAUGAAUGCAGGGGAAAGAGGGAGACUCAUGUACAGACUUGCAGACCUGAUGGAAGAACAUCAAGAAGAAUUAGCAACAAUAGAGUCUAUUGACUCAGGAGCUGUCUACACUUUAGCUUUGAAGACUCAUAUUGGAAUGUCUGUGCAAACAUUCAGAUACUUCGCUGGAUGGUGUGACAAAAUUCAGGGUGCUACAAUUCCAAUUAACCAGGCCCGGCCAAACCAUAACCUAACAUUCACCAGGAAAGAACCAAUAGGCGUCUGUGCGAUUAUUAUCCCCUGGAAUUACCCGCUGAUGAUGCUUGCAUGGAAGAGUGCAGCAUGCUUGGCUGCAGGCAACACACUUGUACUCAAGCCAGCUCAGGUCACACCUCUGACUUCCCUGAAGUUUGCAGAACUCUCAGCUAAAGCUGGAUUUCCUAAGGGAGUUAUCAAUAUUCUGCCUGGUUCAG